CUCCAAUAGUUACACCAGCCUCUCUCUCCACCUCGUCAGUGACAUGACUGCUCGGACUAGCCUGUCUUGCAGGAGUUAAGUCUCCUUUGCCUUUUCGCUGACCGCGACGACAGGAGAGAUUGGAAUUGAUAGACCACCUCGAGGACUCGAAGUCCGUAACCAGGGAAGCACCACUUCCGCUGACGUCAUCACGGCGACACGUGGAUCCAAGAUGGCGGCGGCGAUGGUAUGGUUGCCGUGGUCCCUGUUACUUCUCUCUCUCAAGUGUGAAACGAACGCCUUCUACGUCCCUGGGGUUGCACCAAUCAACUUCCACCAGAACGACCCAGUAGAAAUCAAGGCUGUGAAGCUUACCAGCUCUCGAACUCAGCUGCCUUAUGAAUACUACUCAUUGCCCUUCUGCCAGCCCAGCAAAAUAACCUACAAGGCAGAGAAUCUGGGAGAGGUGCUGAGAGGGGACCGGAUUGUCAACACCCCUUUCCAGGUUCUCAUGAACAGUGAGAAGAAGUGUGAAGUUCUAUGCAGCCAGGCCAACAAGCCAGUGACCCUGACAGUGGAGCAGAGCCGGCUGGUGGCUGAGCGCAUCACGGAAGACUACUAUGUCCACCUCAUUGCCGAUAACCUGCCUGUGGCCACCCGGCUGGAGCUCUACUCCAACCGCGACAGUGAUGACAAGAAGAAAGAAAAAGAUGUGCAGUUUGAACAUGGCUACCGGCUCGGCUUCACAGAUGUCAACAAGAUCUACCUUCACAAUCACCUCUCGUUCAUCCUUUACUACCACCGGGAGGACAUGGAGGAGGACCAGGAGCAUACAUACCGCGUCGUCCGCUUCGAGGUGAUUCCCCAGAGCAUCAGGCUGGAGGACCUCAAAGCAGAUGAGAAGAGCUCAUGUACCCUGCCUGAGGGUACCAACUCCUCACCCCAAGAAAUUGACCCCACCAAGGAGAAUCAGCUCUACUUCACCUACUCUGUGCACUGGGAGGAAAGUGACAUCAAAUGGGCCUCUCGCUGGGAUACCUACCUGACCAUGAGCGAUGUGCAGAUCCACUGGUUUUCCAUCAUCAACUCUGUUGUGGUGGUCUUCUUCCUGUCAGGCAUCCUGAGCAUGAUUAUUAUUCGGACCCUCAGGAAGGACAUCGCCAACUAUAACAAGGAGGAUGACAUUGAAGACACCAUGGAAGAAUCUGGGUGGAAGCUGGUGCAUGGUGACGUCUUCAGGCCACCCCAGUACCCCAUGAUUCUUAGCUCCCUGCUGGGCUCAGGCAUUCAGCUCUUCUGUAUGAUCCUCAUCGUCAUCUUCGUGGCCAUGCUUGGGAUGCUGUCACCCUCCAGCCGGGGAGCUCUUAUGACCACAGCCUGUUUCCUCUUCAUGUUCAUGGGGGUGUUUGGUGGAUUUUCUGCUGGCCGUCUGUACCGCACUCUAAAAGGCCAUCGAUGGAAGAAAGGAGCCUUCUGUACGGCAACACUGUACCCUGGCGUGGUCUUUGGCAUCUGCUUCAUAUUGAAUUGCUUCAUCUGGGGAAAGCACUCAUCUGGAGCGGUGCCCUUUCCCACCAUGGUGGCUCUGCUAUGUAUGUGGUUUGGGAUCUCCCUGCCCCUUGUCUACUUGGGCUACUACUUUGGCUUCCGCAAGCAACCAUACGACAACCCUGUGCGUACAAACCAGAUUCCCCGGCAGAUCCCUGAACAGCGGUGGUACAUGAACCGAUUUGUGGGCAUCCUCAUGGCUGGGAUCCUGCCCUUUGGUGCCAUGUUCAUUGAGCUGUUCUUCAUCUUCAGUGCAAUCUGGGAGAAUCAGUUUUAUUACCUCUUUGGCUUCCUGUUCCUCGUUUUCAUCAUCCUGGUGGUGUCCUGUUCGCAAAUCAGCAUCGUCAUGGUAUACUUCCAGCUGUGUGCAGAGGAUUACCGCUGGUGGUGGAGAAAUUUCCUAGUUUCUGGAGGAUCUGCAUUCUACGUCCUGGUCUAUGCCAUCUUUUAUUUUGUUAAUAAGCUGGACAUUGUCGAGUUCAUCCCCUCUCUCCUCUACUUCGGCUACACGGCCCUCAUGGUCUUGUCCUUCUGGCUGCUCACAGGCACCAUCGGCUUCUAUGCAGCCUACAUGUUUGUCCGUAAGAUCUAUGCUGCUGUGAAGAUUGACUGAUUGGGGUGGACCACGGCCACGCCCACUCCAUCCUCGGACAGGAAGCCACCCUGCGUGGGGAACUGCAGGCACGCAAAAUAAAAUAACUCCUGCUCGUUUGGAAUGUAACUCCUGGCACAGUGUUCCUGGAUCCUGGGGCUGUGUGGAGGGUGGGAGGGCCUGUAGAUAAAUCUUGCAUUUUUCUUCAUCUUGCAGUUCUGUGGGGAUGAGGUUUUGUUUUUGGGGGGUUUUUUUGUUUUGUUUUUUUUCUUUUUCUUUUUUUUAGUGGGUUGUUUUUUCUUCAGUGCUAAGAAAGUUCCCUCCAACUGGAACUCUCUGAUGUGUUUAUUCAGAUUUCUUUUUGGCUUGGGUUUGUUUUUUCCUUAGUUUUUUUAAACCAAUGGAUCCAGGAUGGAUAAAUCCACCAAGAUAACUGGGUUUUGGUCACUGUCUCCACCUCAGUUCCUCAGGGCUGUGGCCACCCCACGACUCACUGGAAGAGGCAAUGCCAGGGCUGCAGUGAGGGUUCCAAGCCUCUCGCCGCCUGUCCUCACCAUUGAUGCCACAAUAGCACGGUUCUAGCCUGGACAGCACCCUCAGUGCCAACCAGCCUUUGCCAGCCCUCUCCUUUCCUCUUCUUUCUUUCCCAACCUCUUCCCAGAGCUGCCCAAGGCAGAGCUUCUAGGCAGGGCUUCCAGCCAGGCCUCUGGGUCAUCUUUUCACCACGAGCAAGCCCACGCCUUGGUGGAUGCAGGAGAUCCCCUGGAAGUACCCGGUCAGUUCCCCAAGACAGCAGGAAGCACCCCUGAGAAGAACAGCCAGAGGCGCUGACCAACGAGGAGGAGAGACGAGCAGUGAACUAUUCUUGUGCCAAGAAACCCUGGACCUGGAGCCAAGUAUUUCCAGAGUGAAGCACCCACAUGUCUGGGUCUGGGAAGGGUGGCAGAGGCCGCUGGGGCCCUCACCCCUCAGGACUGCCCCCAGUCCUCUUCUCAGGGGGUGCCACUCUUUCUCACAUGUGGUAGUGGUGGACCUUCUCCCCCACUCCCAGGGCAGAGCAAGGAGCCUGGAGAACUCACAUUCCUCCUUUAGGUGGCUGGGCAGAGGCCUUCUUGACGUCCCCUGGCCGCAGUGUUUAUACUCAGUUCUUUUAGCUGGACCCAUCCCCUCCACUUCUCACCUGAGUUCUUGUUGGGGGCACCCAGAAAACUGCUGUGAGAAGGAAGAUGGUAAGUUCUGUCGUUCCUUCCCCAAUUCCACCAGGAACAAGCAAGAAGUUUAGUUUCCCCGAGCUGGAAGGAGUUUGCUCAUGUGGCUGGCCUGGUCCUCCACAGACCCCCACUCUUCUUGCCCAUGCCCACCCUGUUGAAGUCACAGACGUUUGCUCUUAAAUUGUAAGAGACCAAAUCCACCUGGGAUGAGUGUUUAAGUAAUAGCCACUCACCCUUGCUCCAGUCCUUGGGCUCCAACCAUGAGACUAAGCUCAGGAUGCUGGUGAAGCCAGGAAUACACCCCUCCCUUCUCCACCUCAGAGUCCCCCAGGGCCCUGCCAGCUCCCCAUGAGUCAAACCAGUAAACUUCCCAGUCUCACCACGUAGCAACUCCUUGGUGCCAAGCGGCGUCCAUCAAGAAUCAGGCUGGAGAAAAGGGAACCAAGCUGUAGGGAAUGAUAUUUGGAAUCUAUUGAUAGUUCAAAUCUUGACAUUUUUUUUCCCCCUAAGAAAUUCUUAUUUGGGGGGGAGUGGGAAAAUGGACUCCUCAAAGGGUUCAAACAUCGUCGAUUUUUCUGACUUUUUUAAUCAUCAUCAUCAUUAUUUUUAAUUAAAUGCCUGUAUGCCUUUUUUUGGUCCAAUUGUAAAUAAAAAUGCCAUUGUCCUGUU